UUUUUCCAAUGCCGAAAAAUAGCAAAGUGGUAAAAAGAGAACUAGAUGAUGACGUCAUCGAAUCUGUCAAAGAUCUCCUUUCCAAUGAAGAUUCUGCUGAUGAUGCCUUUAAGAAGAGUGAGCUAAUUGUCGAUGACCCAGAAGAAAAAGACAUUGAUGUUGAAAAAGGCACUGAUGUCGACCGCGAAAGGCCGGCUUGGAACAGCAAGCUGCAGUACAUCUUGGCGCAGGUUGGAUUUUCUGUCGGUUUAGGGAAUGUGUGGAGAUUCCCAUACCUGUGUCAGAAGAAUGGAGGAGGUGCAUAUCUUAUACCAUAUUUAAUAUUGCUGCUGAUAAUAGGCAUCCCACUUUUUUUCUUGGAACUCGCUGUUGGGCAGAGAAUCCGAAGAGGAAGUAUUGGUGUGUGGAAUUACAUCAGCCCUAAACUAGGCGGGAUUGGAUUCGCAAGUUGUGUGGUGUGUUUCUUUGUGGCCCUUUACUACAAUGUUAUCAUUGGCUGGAGCUUGUUCUAUUUUUCACAGUCUUUUCAGCAGCCUCUUCCAUGGGAUCAGUGCCCUCUGGUGAAAAAUACUUCUCACACUUUUGUGGAGCCAGAAUGUGAAAAGAGUUCUGCCACGACCUAUUACUGGUAUAGAGAAGCCUUGAAUAUUUCUGACUCCAUCUCAGAGAGCGGGGGCCUCAACUGGAAGAUGACAGUCUGCUUACUGUCUGCCUGGGUCUUGGUUUGCUUGGCAAUGAUCAAAGGAAUUCAAUCUUCAGGCAAAAUCAUGUAUUUUAGUUCACUUUUUCCAUAUGUGGUCCUCAUAUGCUUUCUAAUCAGAGCACUGCUUUUAAAUGGUUCGAUUGAUGGCAUCCGUCAUAUGUUUACCCCCAAGCUUGAAAUGAUGUUGGAGCCCAAGGUCUGGAGAGAAGCUGCUACUCAGGUGUUUUUUGCCUUAGGACUGGGAUUUGGUGGAGUCAUUGCCUUCUCAAGUUACAAUAAGAGAGACAACAACUGCCAUUUUGAUGCUGUCCUGGUGUCCUUCAUCAAUUUUUUCACUUCUGUCCUGGCCACGUUGGUAGUGUUUGCCGUCCUGGGCUUCAAAGCAAACAUCAUAAAUGAGAAAUGCAUUAUCCAAAAUUCUGAGAUGAUUGUUAAGCUUCUCAAGAUGGGCAAUAUUAGCCAAGAUAUAAUUCCUCAUCAUAUCAACUUUUCAGCUAUUACUGCUGAAGAUUAUCAUUUAGUUUAUGACAUCAUUGAGAAGGUGAAGGAAGAGGAAUUCCCUGCCCUUCAUCUCAGCCCCUGUCAAAUCGAAGAUGAGCUUGAUAAAGCCGUACAGGGGACAGGGUUAGCUUUUAUUGCUUUCACUGAAGCAAUGACCCAUUUCCCUGCCUCUCCCUUCUGGUCCGUGAUGUUCUUUCUGAUGCUCAUAAACUUAGGACUUGGCAGCAUGUUUGGGACCAUAGAAGGAAUCAUCACACCAAUUGUCGAUACCUUCAAAGUAAGGAAGGAAAUACUUACUGUUGUCUGUUGUCUUCUAGCAUUUUCUAUUGGCCUGAUAUUUGUGCAACGUUCUGGAAAUUAUUUUGUCACAAUGUUUGAUGACUAUUCUGCUACCUUGCCUCUGCUAAUUGUGGUCAUUUUGGAGAAUAUUGCUGUCUCAACUAUUUAUGGCAUAGACAAGUUCAUGGAAGAUCUGAAGGAUAUGCUAGGCUUUGCCCCUAACAGAUACUACUUCUACAUGUGGAAAUACGUGUCUCCCCUCAUGCUGUUGUCAUUACUGAUCGCCAGCAUGGUUCAGAUUGGAUUAAGUCGACCUGGCUAUAAUGCGUGGAUAGAAGACAAGGCUGCUGAAGAAUUUUUGAGCUUUCCAACUUGGGGCCUGGCCCUCUGUAUAUGUCUGAUGGUGUUGGCGAUACUUCCUGUCCCGAUCGUCUUCGUUGUUCGUUGCUGCAACCUUAUCGAUGAUAGUUCUGGCAAUUUAGCGUCUGUGACCUAUAAGAGAGGACGGAUCAUUAAAGAACCAUCUAAUUUAGAAGGAGAUGAUGCCAGCCUCAUUCAUGGAAAGAUAGCAAGUGAGGUGCCUUCUCCAAAUUUUGGUAAAAAUAUUUAUCGAAAGCAAAGUGGUUCUCCAACUCUUGAUACAGCUCCCAAUGGACGGUAUGGAAUAGGGUAUUUAAUGGCAGACAUGCCCGACAUGCCAGAAUCCGACUUAUAGCUUCAAAACAAAACAAAACAAACAAAAAUCCCCAAAUCACCUUGUAUUUAAUUUUUAUCACUGAACAUUGGCUCUACUAAGAGAAGCAUCAGAGGCUUCACUUACCAGAGUGCGAUCUCAGGUGUUCCAUGUCUCCGAUCUUUAAUCCCGACAGUACAUGGUACAGUCAACUGGAGCAUCCCCUUUGGGUUCUUUGGUUUACAUUUGCACUGAAGGGAUUACCAACAAAUCUUUCCAAUGACCUAGUUCCUUCAUGCUAUCCAAGGUUUUUUUUUUUUCUUAAUUCUCUCAAUUGUAUUUUAAGAUAUUUCUAUCUUUAAAGAACAGGUGUUACCUCAGUUUGUAAUAAUAACUGGAUUUAAUAAUAUCAACAGUUCACAAAUAAUGUACCUUAAAAAAUCAUCCUUUUGCCUUCAGGGUAAAUCCCCAGUAUUCUAACGAACUCCUAAGCUGUUCAGUAAGUUUGUGCAUCUCUGCACAGCUGUAUAGAUAUCCUAUGUAGAUAAGGGUGUACUUAUUUUGUUAGAUAAUGACGAUGUAGGCAAUUUGCUUGAAGAAAUCUGCAAAAUAUUUUCUUAUGUGAUAGAUAGCUGUAUAGAGCAGUAGCAUCAGAAAAACAAGGCAGCACUAAUACAAGCUAGAUUCCUGGGUCACUGGGGACUAUAUGAGUUGUAGCUGUAUAUUUUGUGUAAAAAUUUGCUUUUUUCAGUGUGAAAAUGAUGUAAGAGUGAGUCACUCAAGACUCUUAAGGAUUGUGCAGAUUUUGCAUUUUUUUCUAUGCCGUGUGCCUAAAAAACUUACUUGAUAUUUAUUGUGGUUCCAAGAUUAUCCAUAGUAUAUUUAUAUCAAUAUACUUCUAAUGUAUAUAUGUAUAUUAUUAGUACUCUAUGUACUGGUUUGAUAACUCAAAAGCAAGACAGACUUUUGUUUAGUAAAUUUCUUUUUUGCUUCUGUUUUUGCAAAAAGAAAUCCUCGUGUAUGCAUUUUUGUUUUGUUUGGUUUGAUUUUGAGUCAGUAAAUUGUCAAAAAUUGUAUGGCAUUCCAUUUGAAUCUACAAAUAAAGAAGAUGACAAAAAUGGU